CCACGCCCACACUGCUAGACAGGUCCAGCCCAACACAAGACACGACAUUUUUUGGGCUCCUUUCAGCGCGCACCAACUCCUCGCACGUCCUCCUCCCAAAUGGCGAACGGAAAAGUGUCCACUCUUCUCUCACUACUCGGUGUGAUGCUGCUGUGGCCUUUCAUCCUGACUAAAAGUAUCUCCUCCAAACUCCAAACUGCACACAGCGCCUUCGAGUCUGCAGAGCAGGAACAACAGCGCCUCCAUGCGGUGAUGAAGCGCUCAACACAGAACUGUGACUCCUCUUUUGACAAUUACUGCAUGAACGGUGGCCAGUGCAUGCUGCUGGUGGACAUCCAUGAGCACCACUGCAAGUGCCACAGUGGUUUCUACGGCCCUCGCUGCAGCAACCUGGAGUUGGUCCAUAAGCCCAUGGGAGAAAAGCAAAUCGUUUUCACAGUUUUCUGUGUGAUCAUGCUGAUGGUUGGCCUGGUUGGAGCAUUCUACUUGUGCUGCAAGUGGUAUAAGAAAAACAAAUGCAAUCCCCGGCAGAAGCGUCAGGGUUACAAAGGAGUGCAGACCAUGUAGUGAGCAGCGGCCAUGUUGGAAAAUGACAACCUUUUAUCACCAUAUUUUUUUAAUUAUUAUUUCAACCUGGCACUUUAAUAUUUGGUGUGGUUUAGCUCAUAUUUAUUUAUACUUGUCUGCUUUUUCUAAGCAGGACGGAUUUGAACAGCAGAGCCAUCUUUGUCAGUGUCAUGUUUAGUUUGAUAGAAGAGUUGGAUAAUUUAUUGUGAAAAAAAAAAGACUAUGUAAACAAUGGAAGUUCUGCUGUUGCCACAAAUAAAUAAAAGCAGUUUGUGUUGUUAAA